AGGAGCCGUCCUGGUUCAAAUUUCCACAUGUGAGCUACUUUGCUACCAUCUGAUUCGGUACACCACCCAGCAUCAGAGAUCGAGCUUCGCAUUCCAAGAGAUUUCGGAGUUAUCAUCCUGCAGCGAUGGUGAGGAGCAGUCCCAUGUUUGUGGCAGCAUUCUUGUCCACGCACCCCUCGGCCGCCGUCGCGCUGAAGGGCACAGCCUCCGCGCAGGCGAAGGCUCGCCAGGACCACAGGAGGAGACACAGAGAGAUGGUGGCUGCUGUGAGCGGUGACUGCGGGUGCCUGAACUGGAGGGACGUCUUCACCCAGCGGGGGGGCCGGUGCGGCCAGGGGUACGAGCACUUCCUCUCCAGGAACGGCAACGGCACGGGUGCCCACCUGAAGACAGGGCUCUUCCAGGAGUUGUGGGAGGGGGAGCUGUGCGACAAGGUGUUCGCGCGGCUCGACACGGACGGCUGCGUGCAGCAGAACAUGGGCGAGGCCAGCAGUUCGGCCCAGGCCGGCUGGUGCUACGUCAACGCCACGUGCAGUUCCGACAAGCUCGACCUGCGCAGGCUCUCCGGAGCGGGGAACCCUGCCUUCGGCCCGAGGAUGUGCGUGCCUGGAGCCGACAGGUUCUUGUACGAGAAGUCACCCGAGGAAUUGCAGAAGUUCGCGUCCGACCAGGGCCUCGACAUGGGCCACCUCGUCAAGCUGGCGUACCCGACCAUGAAGGAGCCUUGGGAAAGAGUGUCCAGCUUCUUCACCAUGAACAAGUCUCUGCACACGACCGAGAUCUCGUUCCGGCUGAGGCGCACUGCCGAGAGGGGCAACACGGUGGUGUGGAGCUCCAGGAACGGCCUGCCGCCCUUCGGCGUCACGCAGGGCCUCAGCGCGUGGGAGGUGGGAUUCCGCCCCCGCGCCAGGAGGGCCGUGAUGAGUGACCCGACCAGCGUGAAGGUCUGGGCCGAGGUGACCAAGUUCCGCUGCGUCAGCGGCUGCUCGGGCGGCGAGCUCGGCGGGGGCGCGCCCGCCGUGCGGCUGUACGAGCGCGCCGGGGUGGUGUUCUCCCCCCUGGGCGCCCCGUGGGCGCGCGGCCGCGGCAUGGUGCAGAUGCGCAGGAGAAAGAGGAAGAAGGGCGAGCGCCCCAAGCUCAUCCAGGUGCAGACGUAGGCGGAGCGGCGGCGCCACGUCUGCAGCCAAAAGGCGCCCUGCGCAGGUGCAGGCGCCGUUGUAUGGGCAGCCUGGCGGCCGCGGUCGCGCCAGUUUUCCGCAGCACUCUGGGCAGCUCGGAACCGCGCUGAUUCUAGAUUCUAGAGGAAGGGACGGCUGGCGUGAGUGAGGAGCCGCUGGCGCGACGCCCACGGAGGGGCGCGGGGCCGGGGGGAG